ACAGGAUCGUACUGUGCGAACCUCUUCAUGACUAGUUAGCAUUAAAAUUUUGAUGAAUUAAUCAUGAACUCAAAGCAAGUAUAUGAACAUGUCUUGGUUCUUUCUGUACACUUUCCUCGAUUUUUAUCCAUUUUUUUUGCUUGAAAAACCUCAGUUGGAUCAACACAGUUGUGAGAUCAAGUCCGAAAAAUUUUCGAUAAAAAUUUAAUAACCAAAGAAAACCGAACCCAUGCACAAUUCCCCCACAAUGAAUAUUAUUAGAAAAUUCAAGAGACCUUUGCAGUAUAAGGUUUAGGUAGCUCAUUGGUGUCAUUUGCGAGAAAUAAUUCAAUUGCUAAGAAUUCCUCGCAAAAAUAAGUUUUCAGCAACAUCCUCGUUUUAUUGCUUAAAUCCUUUUUUUCAAUGAGAAAAAGGAAAGCAGACAGUUCAGAGACUUCAACCCACAUCAAUGUGGUGUGAUGUUUUCUCAAGCUCAGCCUUAUUGAGAAGCCUCAUCUCGAGAGGCCUUGCUCUUUUCGUUGGAAGUUUUAGAGAAAUGAACAUUGGGAGGGCAUUUCUCGUUUUCCCAUUGAAGGGUAGCAACUUAGCGUCAGAAAAUAAUGAGCUAAUUUUCGGCCCAACACAAUGAGCAUUGAAAAUUGAGCAGAUUUGCACGAUUCUCCGUCACAUGGCCAAGACAUAAAUAUUUCUGCUUAACAAAUCCACUGAAUACAUUGACAGGUUGCAUUUGUGUCCCAGACCCUUUUUUUCCUUUCCUUACGUAAGGCUGAGCUCACCAGUUCCUCGUAAGAGCUCACGUUCACAUUCACGAUGACUGGCUUGAAACAUUGUGUGUCCUUUACUCGAUGCACGCGCCGCACACCAAUUGACCAUGUACAGGUUUCAAAACCACAACCAGUCAGGAAUUAGCGAAGCAAGAAACGUCUCCGAGUUUGAGUCAAUCAUUCAAUUCCGAAGAAGUUUUCCAGCACAUUUCCUAACAAUAUCUGAUCAGUAUCCAUUUGAGCCAUAGAAACGUUUUACGAUCUGUUCAUGUCGUAAGCAAGUGUCCCAUGUGCCUUGGCUUCACGUGUCCCAAACAAAACGUGAGCUCCCAGUCUCGCUCGCCUUCUCUUCUCUCUUUCUGGACUCGAACUUGGCAUUUCCCAAGCCAACAGAGAUCGAAGAGCCUGCUCUCUCUCUCUCUUUCUCUCUCUCUCUCUUUCUCUCUGUCUCUCUUUGUCCCUACAUUGCCUCUCCUCACCGGCUCGGUUGGGUUCCCUUCAUUCUGUCUUUGUCGCACGCACAUUUUUGGAACGUGAGCUUUUCUGGCCAAGUCGGGUGCGGGUGCUCGUUCCACAUUCAAGAGUUGAAUAAAAACACACUCCCAUACGCACACCAACUAGAGCUGUGAAACCCAGAAAAAAUGGUCUUGAACGGAUCCAAUCUACUGGAGAUGGCCAAGCAAAAUGUGGGUUCGAUUCCCCAUGGGGAUUUGUUCCCUCAAAGGAAGCGUCGGGAAUUCACGCCAGAUUUCAAAAAGGAUCAAAGCUACUGGGAAAGAAGGCGAAGAAACAAUGAGGCUGCCAAACGAUCCAGAGAGAAGCGACGCCUCAACGACAUGAUCCUUGAAACGAAAGUCAUGGAGCUGUCCAAGGACAACGCUUUCCUUCGAGCCCAAUUGACGGCCAUUUUUGAGCGUUACGGCAUCAGAGGCGAGUCUUUGAUCAAUUUCUACGACAUUCAAGAACGAUUCGAAGGAGAGAGGAUCGUCAAAGAAGAGAUGGAAUGGAUGUCCCCUUCAGAAGAGUCUGGUACCCCCGAGCAGGAUGACUUCAGUAGUGAAUGCGGGGAUGCUCCCGAAAACUUGUCCAAAGAAUCCUCUCAAGACGGCGUCAAGUCGUCUCCAGCCCAAGCGAUUGGAGGAGAUCCUCGAGAUUCCUCGUCGUCCUUGUCGACAUUGUCGUCGUCCUCCACCUCUCAGAUCAGUCACAUGCCCCUCUCUCCUCUCUCGCCCACCUCUUCAGACACAUCUGGAGGCGUGUGCUCCUCUGAAGAUCAAUUUAUUCACCAACUACCCCAUAAGCUCAGGUUCAAAUACCACCAAUCCGAAUCCAAUGAGAACACGGAUCACUUGGAUAACCGGCGACCGAAAUCCGGCCACCUCUUGUCAGAUCACAACAAACUAAUGGACGAAUCCCAUGACUCACCACGUUACUUCUCAUAUGGACACCAUCCUCAUGCGGAGGCUCCAAAGUUCCCCUCCGAGGCCAGCGCGUUAUCUCACAUCUUGGUGUCCAACUCAUCCAUAGAAAUGUGAAGGAAUUACCUUCGCUGAUUUCGGAUGGACAAUUUUGGACCGUUAGGUCCCUUUGAUGCGAGCUCUCUCCGUUUGAAAUCUUAGUAGUACCUGUCAUCCCCCGGAUAAAUGGAUAAAAUAUCCUUACUCCUCCGUCUCUUUCUUCUCAGCGCCCAUGCUACUUACCAACCAAAGACUCAAUCCGAUCGAAUCUUUUUAAACAGAGUCCUGCUAGAUCAAUGUUGUUAGCCGUGUGAACACGUACGUCCAGAUGGAUAAAUUUCACCUAUUUUGAAUGAAUAAAAAUUUCUCAUACGAAUAAUUGUUUUUGAGA